AUGGAUAAAUUCGUUCAGAGGAAAACAGUUGUUGAAGAAAGAAAACGUCAUCGAUCCAAUAGCAUUGAAAAGGUGGAUACUGUUCUUAAAAAAGAGGCUAAAGUUGAAUCUACUUCUAGUGUUUUUUCAAAACAUGGUAUUCAUUGGACUGUGCAUGAUUCACUUUUAAUUGGACAAUACAUCAAGAAGGGUGAUAAAAUUGAGAGCCGUUCAAAUAUUGCUGCAUUUGAUCUGGAUGAGACAUUAAUCACGACCAAAGGUACUAACAAAUUUCCAAAGGAUGGUGAUGAUUGGAAAUGGUUGAAUAAGAAAGUUCCAGAAAGACUAGCAAAACUCUAUGAAGAAGGGUACAAAAUUAUCAUUAUAAGUAAUCAAGCUGGAUUAAAUUCCGGAAAAAAAAAUAGUAAUAAAAAGCAAACUGACUUUAAAAAUAAGAUUAAACAUAUCGCAGAUAACUUGAAUGCAUCAUUUGAAAUUUAUGUUGCCACGGGUUAUGAUAAAUAUCGAAAGCCUAUGAUUGGAAUUUGGAAUUAUUUUGUUGAAAAACGAAAUGUUGGUGUUACCAUUGAUAAGGAGAACAGCUUUUAUGUGGGUGAUGCCGCGGGUCGCAUUAAAAAUUGGAAAUUUGGUGCUCCUUGUGAUUGGGCUGACACUGAUCGGAAAUUUGCGGAAAAUAUUGAAAUUAACUUUUAUACACCUGAGGAGUUUUUUGAUAAUGUUGAAGCAGCACCUUUUUCAUACAAUGGUUUCGAUCCAAAAAAACUUCCGCGAGAUGUUCCGUUAUUCACACCAUCGUCACAACUUGCACUGCCGCAUGGGCAAUGUGAAAUGGUUAUAUUAGUUGGCUACCCAGCUAGCGGAAAAUCAACAUUUGCUAAAAGGUGGUUGGUAAAUGACGGUUAUGUGCAUGUGAACCAGGAUGCAUUGAAAACAAAGCAAAAAUGUAUUAAGGCUUGCGAAACGGCUUUAGAAGAAAAUAGGCCAGUUGUUAUAGAUAACACAAAUCCUAGCAAAGAAAGUAGAAAGCAAUAUAUUGAUAUCGCAAAACAAUACGGGGUUCCAGUUCGAUGUUUUUGGUUCCAAGCAUCGGAAGCAUUAGCGAGACAUAAUAAUAUGUAUAGGUAUUUUAGUUCAAGUGAGAUCCGACCAUUACCAGAAAUAGCAUUCAAUGUAUAUAAAUCCAAAUUCUCUGAACCAAAGUUAGAAGAAGGAUUUCAAGAAAUAAAACAUAUUAACUUUAUAUUUGAAGGAAAUGAUUAUGAUAAGAAAAUAUUUAAUUUGUGGUAUUUGUAG